UGGCAAUGAGUCGGAUGGCCGACACCUUAUGAAUAAAUGGACAGCUGGAUGUAACCACUCUCCUUGUCAAAGACACUUGUCCACUUACAUUUUGACACUGUCAUAGGUGACCAGGUGAAGGGUCACACCCAGUUGACUAUUUAUUCAUAUAUUUCCAAGAGGAAUAACCGCAGGACGUAAUGUCAAUGAUGCUCCAGAAUUUCUAUUUCCUGGAUGUGAUCGGGCAGGUUCUCCCUGACGCCACCACUACAGCCUUUGAAUAUGAAGAUGAAGACGGUGACCGGAUUACAGUCAGGAGCGAUGAAGAGAUGAAGGCUAUGUUGUCCUAUUAUGAAGACAGGAGUGAGAACAGUGAUGGUGUUCAUGACAACCAAACAGUACUGCAACAUGGUCCUUGAGCAGCAGGGUAGCAGCCCUCUGAUCGAACCUCUGCAAAUCUAUCCACGUGCCUGCAAGCCUCCCGGGAAGCGGAACAUACAUGGCCUCAAGGUAAACACCCGAGCAGGAUCCUCUAGCAACUGCAGCUCCUCCGUGUCGGACAGUUUACCCAGCAAUAGCCUUAAGACGUCUUCUGCAGAGCUCAAGAAGAUUUUGGCCAAUGGACAGAUCAAUGAACUUGACAUUCAGAAUCGUGAUAUUCUCGGUCAUGGUAAUGGAGGGACCGUGUAUAAGGCAUACCACGUGCCAAGUGGAAAGAUCCUGGCAGUGAAGGUCAUCCCAUUAGACAUUACUGUGGAGCUACAGAGACAGAUUAUGUCAGAGCUGGAGAUUCUGUACAAGUGCGACUCUCCAUACAUAAUCGGGUUUUAUGGGGCAUUUUUUGCAGAGAAUCGAAUUUCUAUCUGUACAGAAUUUAUGGAUGGUGGAUCCCUAGAUGUAUACAGAAAGAUUCCCGAACAAGUUCUAGGAAGGAUAUCUGUUGCAGUGUUGAAAGGCCUCACAUACCUCUGGAGCUUAAAGAUAUUACACAGAGACGUUAAACCAUCCAAUAUGCUGGUGAACACUCGUGGCCAGGUGAAGCUAUGUGACUUUGGUGUUAGUAUACAGUUGGUGAAUUCUAUCGCCAAGACCUAUGUGGGCACAAAUGCUUAUAUGGCGCCUGAGCGGAUUGCAGGGGAGCAGUAUGGUAUUCACUCUGAUGUCUGGAGCUUGGGAAUCUCAUUUAUGGAGCUAGCACUUGGGAGAUUUCCAUACCCACAGAUCCAGAAAAACCAUGGCUCUUUAAUGCCGUUCCAGAUAUUGCAAUGCAUUGUUGAUGAGGAUUCUCCUGUUCUUCCUGUGGGGGAAUUUUCUGAGCCUUUUAUACAUUUCAUUACUCAGUGUAUGAGAAAGCUACCAAAAGAGAGGCCUGCUCCAGAAGAGUUAAUGGGUCAUCCGUUCAUCGUUCAGUUUGAUGAUGGAAACACGGAGGUGGUGUCGAUGUGGGUGUGUAGGGCGUUAGAAGAGAGACGGUCACAGAACAGCCAGGAGUGAGAAGACAUCACAAGGAUGAAGCAAGUCAGACUGUUCACACAGACUGGCUCAGAAGACCCCAGUGUCAUAUACACUGUGAGCAUGAGCCAAUUCUUUGCUGAAUGACCCAUCAUGCUGUAUACCUGGUGUGUGCGGUGUGGCCUGCUAGAAAUAUAUUCCACAUGAAUUGGGUGUCUGAAGAAUGCACAGGACAGCGGAAAUAAGGACCAACAGUGUUUACUAUAGCAGCCAACUAGCUCUUGGAAUAUACAAUGCACUGUAAGCCGGGCUAAGCUAGCAGUUGAGUAAGAGGACUUACUAUGCCUGUAUACAUAGCAUGAGGCGCACCAGGAUGAUCAGGAUUUAUUCUCCAUAAGUAACUUCACUUAUUGUGAUCAUCAGCUCAUUAAAGCGUCUUCCAGGAUUUACUAUAUAAAAGUGCCAUAUUACUACAGGCCUCAGGAGUCUCUAGUAUGCUUGAACACUUGAGAGUGGUGGUUUGUAGGGGACAAAUGUUAUUGUAAUCCACUUGUUGGAGUCCCUCUGGUGCCACCAAGCAGUUAUAUCUCUAUUGUAUGUUUCUGAUGGUAUGUCUUGCACAUAUCAGAUUUUUCAGUCUAAUAAACUUUUAUACAGGGGAUUCAUUUUUUUGCCCUUUUUCUUACAUUGGAUGAAUCACCCAUUAUGAGUUUGUCAUGUUGGGCUGGGUUCACAUCUGUGUUUUAUUUUUCUGUUCACUUGCUCAUUAAUUGGAGCAGAAGUGUAAAAAAUAGUGGAGCCAGCAGAUCCAUUGUACAUCAGACACCAACAGCGCCUGACAGACCCCAUUGACUUUAACGGGGUCCGUCAGUUUCUGGCAUGGUGUCUGUCCAUCAUUUGAGCAGACAAAAAAUUCCUGCUGAGCUCUUUUUUGUCUUGUAUUUUGUAUAGAAUCUGCACUAGAGGCCCCCAAUGGAGCCUCAGACACAGAUGUGAAUGUAGUCUAAUGUUCUAAUCAUGGCUACACUGCCUGGAAAGUGACAUCAUUGAUCAGAGCCACAUACAUAAACAUGUUCCUUUUCUUUAUUUUCUGCUUAACUCCACCAAUAGAAAAAAUGCUUUUAAAACAUAAUGUUUACUGAUUCAUAUAAAAAAAUUAAAAACCCCAGGCCCAAAUAAUUUUAGGAAACUUGGGAAAUACACCCUCAUCGCCCCUGGACAUUGGUGAAUAGGUUUUUGUUUACACUUCUGGUGGUGGUGUGUCACCAGAAAUCACCAGGAGACGGGCAUAGAAGAGGAAAUAUAUUCGGCAUUCCUCCAUUCUUGGGAUGCCUGCCCAUGCAUGUAGAAAUAUCCACACCAUUGCCUGAUUAUAAGGGUAACUACUAGAGUAUUCAUGGCAAGCAUCACUACCAGAGGCGUCCUCUUUAGUGCAUGGACGGUGCGCCUGAGUCUGUGCCUGACUUACACGGCUAGUGGGAGUGUUUGUGAUGUUAGGCCUUACUAGAGAUGGGGCAGUGCUUUAUUAGUCUCAUGCAAUUUAGCACAUUAGCGUGUGCUCCACAAUGAAGUAUGCCUAUCAUGCAUUAUGGGUUAUACACUAUUGGAUGCUGUAGGAGAGAUCAAUGAUGGAUGGGAUAGAUUGGUUGCUGCAGGCUACAGCUACCACUGCCUGCUGACACUGACAGGCAUAAUGUAGACAUGAAGGAAAGAGAUAAGUAAAGGAUAGUCGGUAUAAAUUUAUUCACAGCAAAGAAAACCACUCUUAGAACAGGGUCACAGGUAAUCCUCUUGCAGCAAGUACUGAACUUAGAAAAGGGUUCAGUACUUGCUGCGAGAGGACCCUCGGUAUAAAGCCAGAAGGAAGCUAAAUUGGAUUAUUAUAGGAACGAGCUACGCAGCCAGCAUACUACGGCUUUCCAACAGCAAACACCUGCCGAACGGUAGUUCCGUUUCUGCCCCAUGCUGAGUCAACACUCCACUUCCUCUGCCAGUGGUACCCCUGCAGGAGGCAGUAGCAGCAGCAUGUUCACGAUAGAGCACAUAAUGGCAAAGUUUUUUAUAUCCUGUAUUCCACCCUGACAUGAAUUGUCACCAAAAAGGAAGUACUGCUACUACCAGCCAAACCUAUACAUAGACAACCCACCAUGAUCCCAAAAAAGGGAUAAUUUUUUCAACUUUUCAAUGUUUACAAAAGCUAUUCUUGAACGCCUUGGAGGAAGCCAUACGAGCAAAACGUUGGGUGGUGGAGGCUUACAAGUUCUUCCCAUUUGGUAAGGGUUGAUGCUACUUGUUUUCUUUAUUUACCACUAGACUAUGUUGUUUAGUCAGUUACUAUAGUCCUCAUACACACUGUUUAAUCUAUUUCUUUUUAUUUAACAAUUAGAUCCUACUAUAUUAUAGUCUGGUGGUAUUUGUAAGCCUUCCCCUUUUGUUCUGUUCUUACCAAUAGUGCUCUCUGCAUUUUAUGUAUUUUUUUUAUGAUCUUUUAAAUGUAUGUCUUUUUGUAUUUUUUUGUCAAUUAAGGAAUUUUUUUCAUUAUUUGAUCUACAUACACCUUGUUUGUAGAUCUACUAGUGAUGUUCUAGCAUCUAGCAGAUAGAUGUCCGUGGGAUUCCCCUCUAUUAACUAAGAGUUCUACAGCAUGGUAUUUAAAAAUGUGUUUUCUAAGUCCAUCAACUCCUUUAAGUACUUGUGGUGGAAGUGUGGAAAAUGUGUGUAGGUCACUGCAGGAGGUUAUUAACAAAGUUACAGAACAUUAGACAUCUUUCCAUUUCCGAUUACAGACUUGGUUAAAGGGGCCGUCCACUUUGCCUAUUUUCACAAUAGCAUUACAAACAGUGUUGUGUGCAACAUACUAAUAUAUAUUUGUUAGAAAAUAAGCUCCAAAUACUACCUCUUAACAAUGUCACCGCCUUGUUAUUACAGUCUACCCUACAGAAGUACAGAAAUGAAUGCUAGGGGUAGUUUCACAUAUUUUCCCAUACUACAUGAGAGUCCAUAGUGGAAUAUAAAAUAUACCACAAACAAGUCAGAUUUACUAAAACUGUCUUUCACCACCUUAAUCACAAUAACCUGUCACAUAUGUAAACGGUCCAGUCUCCUUUUAAGUGUUUUUUUUAGUUUUUAAUUCAAAAAAGUUAAUAUAGACUUAUAGUUUCAUAUUCAAUGGUUGUUCAGAAAAAAAUCCACAAAACAUAAAAGGGAGCAAUGAAUGAAAGAAAGUUAUGUAAGACCAUGGCCAAGAUUUAUCAAUCUGCCUGAAGCAAAAAUGCUUUGCCUUUAGCAACCAAUCACAGCUCAGGGUUCACUUUACCAAAGUAAUUUGAGAAAUGAAACCUGAGCUGUGAUUGGUUUGUUGUGGGCAAAUCAGACAGGGAUAGUGCAUAUAACACCAUAAUUCUGGCACAUUUACAACACUCUCUCCAUGCAUUUUGUUAAAUAAGUAAGAAUGCUUAAAACAGUCAAGCAGACUGUUUUGCGUAGUUUAUGCCACAUCCAACUCCUGAGUUGAAGAAAUAGCAUAUCGCUAAGUUCUAUGAUUUUUAUACCAUUUAAGACACUGGGAGCUAGGCAAAAUUCAAAAAUACCCUGCUUCACUGUUUUGGGGAUCCCAGCCACUGUAACCAGGCCACAGGGGGCAUAGAGCUUUCUUAAAGUGAUGGGACAUUAAUCUGACAUUUAUUGCAUAUCUUAGCUCACCAAAGUGUCCUCUGAUGGGCCCAGUUGACAUAACAAUUAUGGUUCCCUUAUACAACAAGGCCCCAGGUUCUAGCAGAGGAAAAUCCUGUUUGGAGGUGACAUUAGAGCGUAUACCAUGGCACUAGGGUCUAUUCUUAUUGGUUUAUUCACAAAUAGCAUGUUGUGCUAAGUUUCACGUUAAUAUCUUUAGUCGUUUGGACGUGAUGCUGGAACACACACACAUACACACACAUUGGGGUUUAUUUACUAAGAGUGGAGUGGAGUUUUCUUUGUGGGUUUUGAUUUCCGACAGGUAUUUCCCAAGGUACUUACUAAGGUUUCCCUACGUUUUGCUCUUUUCCCUACACUUUGCUUUUUUUUUUACACAUGCUCUGAUCUGUCUGGUUUUCCUCAGCUCAAAUCCACCACAUUUUAUGUGGAAACCUUAGUAAAUAUGUUGGGAUUUUUCAAAACUGUCGGGGACAUGCCCCUUUCUUUUGUCAGGACAACGCCCACUUUCUCCCGUGGCCACGCCCCCUUUUCGGAUUUUUCUUGUAAAAUGGAGGGUUUUGUUUUUUUGGGUCGCAAAUUGUGUCGCAUGGAAUGUGCGACAAUUUGGGCGCAAAACCAGACAAAAAAGAGUCGGGAUCACGUUCAUAAAUAAACCCCAUUGAGAUAUAUAUAUAUAUAUAUAUAUAGAUGGAGAGACUCUUAGAAGCAUCUCCUAGUGGGCUCUGGGUACCCAUCUGAGUACAUUCCCACAUCUAUGUUUCCCUUUAAUGUUCCAAAAAUGCAGUGUCUGCUAUCCAGGUUUAUGUAAAUGCACCUUAAAAUAUUUCCUAUAUUCCAGAAGAAAUUAAAUAUCUAUGAAGAAAGAGUGAGAAGCUUAAGGUGAAAGAUGACAAAGGUUAACCCGUAAAAAAAAAAGUGUAAAUUGUGUAUGGCAAAUACACGGGGACACAAGAAAGCUAAAGAACAAUUGAUAAAUCGAUAAACUCAUUUAAUCCUUCAGGGGAAAAGCAUUUUAAUUUAUAGGACUAAUAUUACUUGAGCCUUAAAGCUGUCAGCGCGGAGUUUUAGGGUAAUGUACUCGGCAGCGAUAUUUUGAUUACAGCGGGUUAGAUCGACACCGUUUAAUUAUAGAAUGUUUUUGAUACAGACAGAUAUCUAUUGUUUCUUUAGAAAGUGCUGAUAUAUAGAGGAGAUGGUUUUAUAAACGGGAAUAUUUCCCAAAAUUUAUGACCAGUAUAUAUCACAUAAAAUGACAAAUUAGCCUCAUAAAAGAA